GACGCAAUGAAACAGGGUGCUAAUGGGUGCCAAUUCCAUUGAUUCAUGGCAGCAGGAGUCGAGUCCCAAGGGCGCGGAAUCAGAUUGGAAGGCAGAAAAUAGCAGCAGUGCACAGCUUUGGUGGCACGAGCGGCGGCGGCUAGAGGAAAUGGGCAUCGCAACCAGGAAGGGCCGUCCAUCUCAUCUUGCAGAUGCAACCAUCUCGCGUUCGCGCAUACUCCUUUUGGUCCGGGCGGCGAACAAGACGGAAGGAAUCGCCGCUGUCAAGCGUUUUGGUGCCUACAGCAUCCCCAUUUCCUCAAUACCAACGGGCCUGAUGGCAGAUUACAUACCUACCCAGCGUCCAUGGCCGCCAGCGCUUGAUGUUUUAGCCGCCGCCGGCCGCGCGUGUGGCAGCCGACUCGGAAGCUUUGGUGGUGCUGGGAUGUGGUGGGUACUCAGAAGACACGGCAGCCACUGGUUCGCGGCUCAGCACUGGCUGCUGCAACCGAUGGCUGGCGCACAGACCCGCGCUGGGGGCGACUGGAUGGGAAUGGCCUGCAUGAGCCCCUGCAGCAGCCUGGUGUUCCAGAUGGCCAGGGUCCGCCGCCGGUGGUGUGGUGGGCGCCCACCUGGGGAGUUGGAGAGCCACUUGGGCGCGAGUGACAAGCUGGGCCAGAAGCCGACGAUCGAUUCGCAUCGGGAUCCCUGCAGCCCGGAAAGGCGCCUGCAUGGGGCUCAACUCGACUCGACUCCCCACCCCACUCUGGGGCUCGACGUGCUGUUCCCCGUCGAGAAUAGGAUCGUAUCCAGGACUAGCGCAUACACGCAGGCACGAAAUACUAGUAGACUCAUAUCGCCUCGUCCACACCGGCGCCUACUGCCGCGCACUAGCCACCACGCGCCCCGCUGCGUGUCCACGCCCAGCAGCCCAUCGCUGGCCGCUGUUGCUUGUCCAUCGAACACGCCAACCGGCCGGAGAGCCACCACGCAUUCUUCCGUGCCAUCAACGCUGCAUUAG